AUGUCUCGACGCUGGAGCAGACUCUCCCCCAGUUCCAAACUCCAGCUAGUUCCGACUUUUACCGUUUACAGCUAUCAAGUAUCGAAACAACUAUGGUCUGGAUAUCCAAUCGAUCCUCCCAUCAAGGUCACUAUCACCAACACCACUGGCGGUGAAGGCGCCACCUUCGACAUUGUCCCCGAGCCUUUGCUCGUCGAAACUUGGAGGCAAAACCACUGGGGCCGCAAUGGGGCUGAGAAUGCUACUGUCUUCUUCGAGAAAAGCGAUGUCAAGUUCCAGACUGCUUUGAGUCCGCUAGAUGUUCUCCUCGCCUCCAACGACACCCACAUCGUGCAGACUUCUACUAAGGUUGGCCGAAUCUUGUGGCAGCGAAUGGCGAAUUAA